AUGUUUGCAAUUGAGGAACCUGCACUCGGCCUGUCCUCGACCAGCUUACGUAUUUCCGAGUACACUGUCACACAACAAACAAUGGGUAUACACUGGAACUUGACAGAAAUACAAGAAAGCUCUACGACCAUUUUCAGUAUUUCUAGAGUGACAAACAGUUUUACGAACGUGACGAACUGUUUCACGAAUGUGACCACAAGUGCCACGAACGUGACAGAAAUGUCUUGGAAAAACCUUCCAUUGGCUACAAACGUGAUUUUGAUUACCUUAUACACCUUUACCACCCUCGCUGCAGUUGUGGGUAACUCCCUUGCCAUCAUCGUCUUCACAAAAGGUAAACGUUCGAAUACAGAUCUUCGGUAUUUCUUACUAAACCUAGCGAUUGCGGAUCUCAUAAUGGCGAUAUUUUGCAUUCCAUUCACUUUGGCAUACCAAAUCGCCGACACCUGGCUCUUCUCAAGCUUCAUGUGUCCAGUUGUCCAGGGAUGCCAAGUGGUCAGUGUCACGGCAUCGGUCAGUACAAACACGGCUAUUGGCAUUGACCGCCUUCUGGCCGUAAAAUUUCCUCUCCGAAGAAAGGCGACUGAUUCGCGAUCAAGACUCUUCAUUGCCUCCAUCUGGAUUUUUGCAGUGUCACUUGGCGCUAUUCCAUUCUUCAUGAGCCGGACAAUUCUCAAGAGAGAUGGCAGAAUGGCUUGCGAGGAGCACUUUCUGGAUGAGGAUGUUCGAGUCAUGUACGGAUUUUUCAUCACUAUUAUCACCUACUUUUUACCUGUGACAGUACUGUCUGCGACCUACAUUAUGAUAGGGAAGAUACUGUGGAGGCAUAAGCUUCCAGGCAACGCGGAUGAUCACAGAGAUGCGGUUCAGUUGAAAUCGAAACGCAAG